AUGUUUAUAUCGUCGACUUCUGGAUCACUACAGUCACGUCUCCCACCACGUAGGAAGAAACUUCCAUCGCUUUCUCCAAUUUGUCCAAAAUGCCAGGAAUUUCUAGAUUCACGCAACUUUCGACCUCGUGUUAUUUCACGUCAUUCCGAUAGGCUUAAGCUACCGACUCCUCUUGUCAUGGAAAAUUGCUUUUUAUGCUCACAGUUUUUGGGCGUGUCCCUUGCUGACCCUGCAGAUCAAGCCAUGUAUAUCGAAGCUCUGAGACUCAAUCCUCAACAUGUUUUGAGUGGUGUAUCUCAGCAAUGUUCAUUGUCUUAUAGCGUUGGUCCGUACAAGAUUUAUAGAGUGUUUCCCUCUGCCUAUCAUCCUACUGUCGAGGAAUGCGGAAACAGGCGCAACAUUGUGUCUCCAGAGCCACAGGAACUCGGCGUAUGUUCGCAAAAUCGACUCGCUGGAUUAGAGAGUUUUGUCUCAGUAGCUUCUUCUACAGGAUCUGAUGGGAGUCUGAAUCUUUCAAAACAAUGGUUACAGAACUGCGAUGAAAACCAUGUUUCCUGCUCACGUAACGCUACCACGUACCCAUAUUUCCUUCCUACCCGUCUCGUUGAUAUCGGAAUAGAAGAACCAGCGAUUACCCCACGGCUUCGUUUAAGAAAAGAUAUUCCACCAGAUUCAGUCUACUUCACUUUAAGUCAUUGCUGGGCUUUCAAAUACCUUCCAGGACGCAUUAUGGGUAGUCCGGAAUUAGGAGGACGAUACAUCUGGAUUGAUUCAUUAUGCAUUGUUCAAGAUUCCGAGACCGAUUGGUUAGUAGAAUCCGCCAGUAUGUGUGAUGUCUAUUCGAAUAGUUACUGCAAUAUCUGUGCCACGGCUGCAAGCGAUGGCAGUGAGGGAAUGUUCCGUGAUAGAGAGCCAUUACAAGUACAGCAGGGUUGGUUUCAAACAGCUAGCGAUAACGAAAAUCACUGUGUCAUUGACGUAUUUGCUUGGGAAAAAGAGGUGGAAAAAGGUUUUUUAUCCUCUAGGGCUUGGGUCUUCCAAGAACGACUAUUGUCUAGACGAAAUCUUCACUUUGGAUCUAGACAGUUAUUUUGGGAAUGUAUAGAUCAUGAAGCUUCUGAAACAUUACCCAGGGGCAUUCCAGAACUGGUCAUUAAAGGCUCCGGUGUGAAACCCCGAGUCAAAGUACUUUUCAAUGGUAUCGACAAAUACAAAUCAAACAGGUAUUCCGAAAGUGUACAAAUCUGGGAGGAAAUUGUAACAUUGUAUAUGAAAAGCAACUUGACUUUCAAAACGGACAGACUUGUUGCAAUCGGUGGAAUGGCAAGCGCAGCGUCUCAAACCAUAGCGGGAAAAUACUUAGCGGGAGUAUGGGAAAAACACCUGCUGCAUGGUAUUCUUUGGAAGGCUCUAAAUUACCCGUCCAAUCUUUCCAAAUUUACUCAAGCUCCCCUAGAGGUGCAAGAUUUUACCGCCCCCAGCUGGUCUUGGGCCUCUUUCGAUGCAGAAAUAGAAUUUCCUCCAAGGGUGCGAAGAAGUGGAGGUACCCAGCAAUUUGUUCAUGUCCUAGAAGCACAUGCGGAUCUAGCAAUUGAUAAUCCAUUUGGGAAAGCAUGUGGUGGAUAUAUCAAACUCAAGGGAGAUAUCGCCUGCACUACUUAUAGCCGCCCAAGAUUUCUCGGCUGGGGGAAAUGGGGUGAAGGUUUUGAGGAUUACUUCGGACGAGAUGUUAAAGGAUUGGGAGUUUGUAGCCGAACAAUCGCUUAUUUUGACUUUGAAGAUAUGUCAGAAAUUGACCGCCAGAUAAUGUAUAUUCUUCCUGUCUGUAAAUUCCGCAUGAAGUUUAUUGAUACUUGGGAGACUAGGGGUCUCAUACUAUUUCCGAUUAACAAAGCGAGAUGGGAGUUUCGAAGGUGUGGUAUGUUUACAUAUUAUAAUCAUGCCGAGCACAAUGAUAUGAUGUAUGAAUGUACAUCUUUCAGCCGCUGUCAGGAACGUGAAUCGACCGAAUUUGGUCUACAAGAUGACGGAAAAUUUAUUAUCAAGUUAUUCUGA